CUUACGUCACAGAUUUCACAGAUGUUGCUGUAAUCUUUUUUUAUUGUUUACUUAUUACAGGAUAUACGUAUAAUGUUAUUACGAAAUACACGGACAAGUGCAUUAACAAAUUAUUAAUUAAAAAUCGAAUCUUUUUUAAAAUUAAAUAUUAAUAAUCAAAUGAUAAUGUCAGAUUAAUGAUCAAUUCUAUUCGGUAUUAAUAAAAAUCAGAUUAUUCGAAGGUUAUGUUUUCAAGGAGUUUGAUUAAAACGUCUAUAAUUUGUAAGGAUCAUCGUUUUUACGAUGAGAACAGGUGGCAUGUUAGAUGCUCGUGAAUUUGGAAAACGUAUACGUCGUUUGAUAGAUGUUAAUUACUCUUAUCGUAAACUAUUACUUUUCAUUCUUAUUUGUGGUGGGGUAUUACUAUAUUUUGGGCCACAAUUUGCACAAUGGCUUUUUUCUACAGCCAGAGAACCAAUAGAAGCAUUAGAGCAAAGUUGUAUGACAGAAAGACUGGCUACUUUUCAUUUAGAUGCAGCGGAAUAUAAUGUAAAUAUACUUCAUGAUCCACCUUUGGAAAAUGAACCACAAUAUUUGCCAUAUAUUGGCAAUGGUGUAUUUGGUGUACCUGUUGUGCCCAAGGGCUGGAUGUAUAUUAAACGCGGUAGAGCUUUAUUAUUACCGAUACAAUGGCAACCAUUGAUCACUCAUUCUCUGUAUGAGAAUAAUUUUUAUAGCGAAGCUACAAUAACUCAUUUCACCAAUGGAAUUGUUCAUAAGUUUCAAUGUCUCAGAGAAGGUUAUUAUUUGAGCUUUCAAUAUUAUGCUCAUCGAGUUUUAGAUACCAUAUUAGUGCAAGAUAUAAAAAUUGUUAAUCCUACAUCGCUUUCUCAAGAGAUAACAUUAAAGCCGCUAACUGCUGCUCAUUGGACUAAUUCAAAAUUAGAAACUAUUAAAAUACAAAUGAAUGGGCUCAUUUAUGAAUAUAAUUUAAUAUCUGGAUUUAUUCCUCUAUCUGAAUCAAAUAAGGUUAUUGUGAUAUCGAUAGUUUAUGAAGAUCCACCAAAAGUUAUACAAGUUAAAGCGAGGAGUACCAUUAAACUUGAAUUUCUUACAAGCAUACAAUACAGCGAACCAGUUUCAUCUGAACAAUAUCAUAUUGAAAGAGAUGUAACUAAGAGGAAAGCCGUAGAUACCUUAAAGAAAGCAAUAAUGCAACAAAAAGGUUUGAAAGAAGAGCACAUAAAAAUGUGGCAAAGCUAUUGGUCAACCGGUUUUAGAAUAAGUGACUCCAAAGCUGCUGGAGCUAUUAAUGGUCAUAAAAUAAAUUCAACGAUGUAUUUGAUACUUUCUCAAAUACCACGAGGCCUUGUAGAUGUAGAAAAAAAAAUAGCAACCAAUGAGGGUUGCUAUCAUGGUCAUCACACAUUAGAUGCUCCUAAAUUAUGGAAAGAUACUUCAUCGAUUGAUGCUGUAAAUGAAAUAGUCGACGCAUGGUUAUUAACUUUAGAAAAACGAAGUUGUCAUCAUUUAAUGGUAGGAGGUCCUUCCGCUGUACAACAAGCUAUUGUUUUAAGUCUUGGAGGUUUAAGAUUUACCAAUCAACAUUUGGAGUUUAAUAUUGACCCACAAUACCUCCAUCGUGAUUACUUAUUUAGGAGAAUAAGUUAUGGUAAUGUAACCCAUGUAAAUAUAUCGGUAACAGUAGGAGAAGAUAAUCGUGCCAUAUUGGGCGUAGCUUUGGAUAAAAGUGAUAGCGUAUAUUUUGGAUGUGAUGCAGGCUGUUUAGAUGCACCGGUUUCUUUGAGUCAAACUUAUACUAAUUUUCCAGUUAAGUUAACUAAACCAUUGACUGCUAUACUUUAUAUUACAUCCGACUAUCAACAUAUGCAAGAUUUGAGAAAUGCUUUACACGUACAUGCUGUAGAUGAUGCUCCAGCUCAUGAUCAUCACGUAAUGGCUUUACACAAACACGGCCAUCAACUCGGUGGCUUGCCAAAUCUAUUUUGGAUUAGUAUAUGUUUCCUUAUCAUUGUUUUUCAUCUAUUCCUUUGUAAAUUAAUAAUGAACGAGUAUUAUGGUCAUCAACAACCAAAAGUACGUUACAAUAAACUUUAAACAUUGUA